AUGUUUUUUCUCUUUACCUUGGGGAACAAAAUCUUAUUAUGUUGUGAUGGUGCUGCAAGGAAGAACCCUGGAGAGGCAGGAUAUGGCUUUAUAGGGAGGGAGAGUGCAGGAGUAGUGUUAAUUGCUGAAGCAGGAGGAAUAUGGAUUGCACCAAACUACAUGGCAAAUUUUUUUGCAAUUAUAAAUGCUUGUGAAUGGGCCAUAAGUAAGGGACUACUUCAGGUAUGCAUUAUAACUGACUCACCAGCAGCUCUCAAUUCUCUGAUAAACAAGAGAGUGCCAUGGUAUGUUCAAACUAGAUGGAACAAAAUUAUCUCAACAUUAGUCAGUUAUGAAUUCAUUCACAGCUAUAGAGAAGUGAAUUUUUCAGCAGAUGAGCUUUCAAAAAUGGGAGCUACUCUAAUGAGAGGGGAAAAAAGAACUUUUUUGCGUAAGCCCUCCUUCCUGAUAAGCUUAGAACAACCAGAUAAGAUAUACUAUAGAUUUGUGUAA